AAAAGAAACUCCAAUCUGCAAGAGACAACCUAAAGCAGGUAUCUGGAUCUGAAGAAAUGAGAAGACUCCGUGAUGGCUCUGAACUGCAGUGCGCCGACUUAGUUAUGGUUAGGGCUGGAGCUAGGCGAAGGGCGGCGCAGCUCGAUGUCAAGAGAUGGGAAGUGUUUGUGAAGUGGAUCGACGACCAAUAUUCCGCCAUCGCGGCCGAGUGCGGGUACAUUGACAAUGACAGCAGGAACAAUGUGACCCACCAGUUUGGGGGUAAUGGCCAUUGGCCAGAAGCAGACACUGCGUGCUCGGCCGCAUCGGCGAAAAGGUGCAGAGACCAAGUCUGUUUGGGAGUAUAGUAUCGACCAGGAAAUGCACC